AUGACUCGAGUGAUAUUCAGUACUGUGCUUACUAGCAGUGGCACGAUCUCUGGCAGGGCAACCUUCGAUUACUUUUAUUACGUCACUGGCCCUGAACGAUCGGUAUGGCCACAGCAACAACAGAAGUCGAGUAUAAGAACUACGAGUAACUCCUUAAAGACUACGAAAAAUUCCAUCUUGCUCUGGCACAGUGCUUUGUUUGCCCUCUCCUUCUUCGCAUUGCAGGCAUAUCACACGUGGAGCGCCUCGCCAAUCAUUGACACGCAGCUCAAGGACGAUCCAGUUGUCCAGCAAGGACCAUACUUAGCUGGGAGACCUGUUAUCCAAUGGAUUUCUGGAGAGAACUUCUCAGACGAAGGAUCAUCCGGUAGGUCUGUUUCGGUUAGGCCUCGGCCGACGUGCUGCACACUGAGGGCUGGGAUCUUAGCAGGGCCAUUUGCCGUCUACCAACCAGUCUGCUUCCGCGAUCUAGCGACUGCUGCAUCCGAUCAAUCAAUGCGGCAUCACUCGCUACUGGCUGUAACCAUGCCUGCCCUCCUUGCAACCUACCCUGCCAAACGAUUUCGGACCUAUCACUCAGCUACCUGUUCUACCCUCCCCGUGACUUGGUCCCGGGUCGGGUUGUUCAACCCGACGGGGAAACUCGUGUGGUUUAUUACCUCUAGUCAGUCGUCUAGUUAA